CAGAUGCUUAACUGACUGAGCCACCCAGGCUCCCUGAUUAGUGUACAUUUUAAUGACAAGGCCAAUGGCUGGGUUCUAGAAUUCCUUAGGUUUUCUCUAAGCUAACCCAGCUUAAUGUCUAAAUUAGACUGUCAAGCACACUGAGUGCUGUAAGCAGUAAUUAGCGCUCAGGGAUUUUUUACCCUCAGGAGAUUUGGAUGUCCUCCUCCAGGCCAGUUUGUUAGGCAAUUUUGAAGAAAAUAGUUACACUCUAUGCGUAGGAGUUGGUAUGGUUCAUGAAGUUUUCUGUAAAUACACUGAGCCUGGUCAGCCGGAGUUGCGAUGAUUCUUGGUAACCAGGAUCUGUGGAGUUUCACUUGGACCCUGUAUUCUUUAGUCUCUGGAGUGGAGACUCAGGACAUGCGGCUUCUCUCCACGGGCAGAAGUUAUCUAUUGAAGCAUGCGUCUUUGACUCUCCCCAGGGAAUUGUGGGGUUCUUGCAGCUUGCUGAAAUCCUGGAAAAAUUUGUUUUUGUCUUUUUUGGUUGUUGCUUUUUAAAUUUCUUCUUUAGGUCAGAAGUUGUUACUUCUCUGAUUAUCAUUCUGAUGGAAAGCUACUGGUGAGGUUUGCAUUAGGCAAAUUGACCCAGUAGAGUUUUAUUGCUGUUGAAAUACACUAACUGAAAUCUUCAUAGUUCAUAGCAGUAUAUAAUAGAAUGGCUGUCCUUCUCCAUUUAUUUUUUAUUUUUUUAAGUUUAUUUGUUUAUUUUGAGGGGGGGAGGGGAAGAGAGAGAGGGAGAGUGAGAGAGUCCCAACGUGGGGCCCGAACUCAUGAACCACAAGAUCAUAACCUGAGCUGAAACCAAGAGUUCGAUGCCUAACCCACUGAGCCACCCAGGCACCUCUCCAUUUAUUUUUUAUUUGGCUUUAUUUUGUUGUAUUCAUUUUUACAAGGAGUCUUGAAUUCUUUUUGGAACAGAUGAGUGGGGAUGGGCAUAAACAGAUAAAUUAUCAAUGCCAAAAUAAUUUGUUUGGCUUCCUGCUUCUCCCAGUUUUUUCUUUCUCUCUCUGGUAUUCUUAGCCUUGUCCUGAGUCGCUAACUCAGUAGAAACACUUCACGAAGUGGUAUGUUCUAAUAUGACAAAGGUAAUUUUUUUUCCUAUGUAAAUUUCUCUUUAUUUAAAAAAAAUUUUUUUAAUGCUUAUUUUUGAGAGAGAGAGACAGAGUGCAAGCUGGGGAGGGGCAGAGAGAGAGGGAGACACAAAAUUUGAAGCAGGCUCCAGGCUCUGAGCUGUCAGCACAGAGCCUGACAUGGGGCUCGAACUCACGAACCGUGAGAUCGUGACCUGAGCCGAAGUCAGACGCUUAACUGACUGAGGGACCCUGGCGCCCCAAUUUCUCUUUAUUUUAGAUAAGAUGUACAGAAAUAUUGUCAGGAGAAAGUGUAUAAACUUUUAAGAGCAUGCAGACACAAAUCACAAAUGAGGGGAUCAAAACUGGGAUGCACAAAUAAAGAAAUCUCAGCUCUCUAGGGAUCAAAGAAACUCAAAUGAAAACCCCAGCGGUAUGAGGGCAAACACUGAAAAGUCUGGCAAGAAAAUGUCCAAAAGGAUGUGAAGCAGUGCAGACUCUUACUGACUUCCCAUGGUGGUGGCAGGGGCGGGGGGCACCUGGACACCUGGGUGGCUCAGUCUGUUGAGCAUUGGGACUCUUGAUUUCCCCUCAGGUCGUGAUCCCAGGGUCAUGGGAUCCAGCUUUGUGUUGGGCUCUGUGCUGAGCGGGGAGCCUGUUUAAGAUUCCCUCUCUCUUUGUCUGCCCCCUCUCCCAUACACUCUCUCUCUAAACAAACAAACAAAACAAACAAAAAUAAAACCUGCCAGUUGAAGUUAAAAUUAGUACAACCAUGGCUUCUGACUGGCUCAGUUGGUAGAAUGUGCGACUCUUGAUCUUGGGGUCAUGAGUUUGAGCCCCAUUGAGCAUAGAGGUUACUAAAAAAAAAUUAAUUAAAAAUAAACAAAAUUAGUACAACUGUUUUGAAAUGCAAUUUAGAAAUAUCUAGUGUAGGUGAAGAUAUGAGUAAUACAUAUUCUAGGUGAAUCAUCUCUAGGAAUUUAUCUUAAACUCUUCCACAGGAACAUAGGAGACCUUUAGAGGGGAUGUGAAUAGUGCAUUCUUUUGUAAUGGCAAAAUAAUAUAAGCUAAGUAUGAAAAAGUAGAUAAAUGGUGGUAUGUGAGUCUUUGCUACUUAUUUGUUUGUUUUAAUUUUAGAGAGAGAGGGAAACAGAAUCUCAAGCAGGCUGCAUGCUCAGUGUGCUUGGGGUUCGAUCCCAUGACCCUGGAAUUAUGACCUGAGUCAAUAUCAAGAGUUGGACACUCAAGUGACUGAGCCACCCUGGUGCCCCUCUUUGCUAUUUAUUUAUUUGUUUAUUUUAAAGUUUAUUUUGAGAGAGAGAGAGCUUGCAGUCGUGGGGGAGGGGGACAGGCAGAGAGAGAGGGAGAGAGAAAGAAACCCAAGCAGGCUCCAUGCUGUCAGUGCAGAGCCUGACGUGGGCUCCAUCCCAUGACCCUGGGAUCAUGAUCUGAGCUGAAAUAAGAGUUGGACACUCAGUCAACUGAGCCACCCAGGUGCUCGUCUUUGCUAUGUAUGUAUGUAUGUAUGUAUGUAUGAAUGAAAGAGAGCGUAAGUGAACGAGGGGCAGAGAGUGAGAGAGAGAAUCCCAUCAGGGGUAGUCCCACAGGGGCAGAGAGAAAGAGAGAGAGAAGCAUGCCUCACUUGAAGCAGGCUCUGUGUUUUUACCUGGAGUGGAGCUCGAACUCAGGAACUGUGAGAUCAUGACCCGAGCUGGAGUCAGCUGCUUAAUGACUGAGCCACCCAGGUGCCCUCUACUUAUUUAAACAGAGAAUUGGGGUCAGAGUGUAUGUAUGUGCAGUUACAUACUUUGCUUUGUUCACGGAACAUUGAAGCCUAGUGUUUUCCCCCAUGCCAUUAAAUGUUUUAUGAAAACACGUCUUGAAAAAAAAAGCUGUCUGCUUUUCGUUUAUACGGAGGACGGAUCAUUUUUUACAUUUAGUUAAUUUUGCUCUUAUUUUAGUAGUGGUUUUCGUCUUUCCUUCUUCUUCUAUUUUCUGUAUAUUUAAAGGAAUUGUUUACAUUGUGCCUGUUUCCUUAGGGUAAAUGACAACCCCUCUGCUAUUACUGACCGAUGUCACCGGUUGUUCACUGUGGGCCACGUAGUGUAUGCUCUGCACUGCGUGUAAUAGAUUCACUUAAUCCUCAUACCUGCUGUAUGAGGUAGAGACCUGGAGGCAUAAAGCUAAUUAAUUUGCUUGAGAUGACUCAGUCAGUGCUGGAGAAUCUGAACCAGCUAGUCUGGCUACCAAGUCGGAGCCUUUAACCCAGUGGAAUCUGGUCCUUCUCAGUAGUUACUCCACUCCUAAGAAGGUCAGAGAGUGUAGUCAUCUUGAAAGGUUCCUGAUGCACGUGCCAGUUGCCUUUAGAAAGGAUAGUCCCAUAAAUUGUAUUUUCAUGUUCAAAAAGUCAUUUAUUAAUUAAAAAAGCAGUGUGUGUUCAUGAUAUACAAUUCAAAUAGUACAGAAAUGUGUAAGGUUACGAGUUAAGGUCCCUCUCCACCCCCGUCAUAACCAUUACUAAUACUUGUAUAUGCUUCUAGAGAUUUUCAGUGCUACACAAGUAUAUCAUGUAUUUAUUUUUCUCCCUUAAAGGGAUCGUAUGAUUCCUGUUAUCCUCCAGCUUGCGUUUUUUCACGGAAUCUUGAAUUAUCUUUCUAAAAUAGUACAUAAAACAUACCUCGUUCUUUUUUUUUUAUACUGAACAUUCUGCGUGUACUUUUUAAUUUUUUUUAAAUUUUUUUAAAAUAUGAAAUUUAUUGUCACAUUGGUUUCCAUACAACACCCAGUGCUCAUCCCAAAAGGUGCCCUCCUCAAUACCCAUCACCCACCCUCCCCUCCCUCCCACCGCCCAUCAACCCUCAGUUUGUUCUCAGUUUUUAAGAGGUUGUUUUUUUAAUGUUUGUUUAUUUCCAAGAGACAGAGUGAGCAUGAGUGGGGGAGGGGCAGAGAGAGGGAGAAGGAAUCCUAAGCAGGUUCGGCGCUCAGCUUGGAGCUCGACAAGGGGCUGGAUCCCAUGACCGCGAGAUCACGACCUGAGCUGAAAUCAAUCAAGAGUCGGCCACCGAGGCACGCCUGAAACAUACCUCUUUCUUAAUGCAAUUAGUAUACUUUAAAAAAGUUACUAGCUGUAUCUUACUUAUGAGCUUCCACCUGGUUGAUGUAGCACUGUUGGAUUCCCAGGGAGCCUAAGUGCCCCUUUCCAUGUUCAUUAUGGAACAGGAAAUGUGCUGAAUGAGGACAGAAGAGUUUGCAGAAUUUGUGUGAGAAAGAGGUCUACAGUGGUCCUCUGCUCUCGUGGCCCGCCCGCUGUUUCUUGAUUCAUCAUGCUGACCUGAUCAUUCUUCCUGCCAGUCGGCCACUGUGUGGUCCAGGCUCCAGUCCCUCUUUUCUAGCCGGGUUAUUUCCCCCUUCUUGACCAGGUUCCAUGGUAGUAACAGCUCACACUCCUACCAGCAGAGCGUGCCCUCACUGAGCAGGUAAAUCUGUUUAAAGAGCUGUUCAGGUUUCUGUUGAAUAAGGGAGUGAAAUACUGAAUUAACUUACCUGUAUUUACAGUUCUGAAUAUGUGAGAGAACCAUCUUAAACCUUCUUUAGCCUCUGAUCUUUAAUUGUAGAAACUCUGACUUUCCAAUUCUAUCACAUCAGGAGGUGUCUAUUUAUAAAGUUAUUACAUUUGGGAGUUGGGUGGCAUCAGUGAUUUACGUAAGAGUCUCCAUUUUGAAUCAGAAAAUUCACCGCUAGCCCUUGAUGACUGGGACUAACCUUACAGGUUCAGUAGAAAGGGUCAUACUGUUGCCAAGGCAACUAAAGUUCAAGAUCAUCUGGUCUCCAGGCAACCUUUUCUAGAGUUGUCUCAAAUGCUCCCCCUAGCUUUCUCAGGAGAGGUCCUUCCCUGCCUUUCUCUAACAGCUUGGGGACCUCAGGAGGAGGAGAGCCCAAGAAAAACUGGAAUGAUGUGAGUGUCCCAUACCUGGCCUGGCUCAACACUGAUGUCAUGUGCCUCUGUAAACACUUGAUUUUGGAAUUCAGGAUACUAAGACCUCACUGAGAAAAGGAAAAGGAAUUUGAACAAGCAUUGAGUGACCGCUUCAGCGGUGAGAUCCCCGAUGACCAGAUGGCGCACAGCUCCUUUUUUCCAGAUGAAUACUUCACCUGCUCUUCCUUGUGCCUCAGCUGUGGGGCUGGAUGUAAGAACAGCAUGAACCAUGGGAAAGAAGGAGUCCCUCACGAAGCCAAGAGCCGCUGCAGAUACUCCCACCAGUACGACAACCGGGUUUAUACCUGCAAGGCCUGCUAUGAGAGAGGCAAGGAGGUCAGCGUAGUGCCCAAGACAUCCGCUUCCACUGACUCCCCCUGGAUGGGUCUCGCAAAAUAUGCCUGGUCUGGGUAUGUGAUCGAGUGUCCUAACUGCGGCGUGGUCUACCGUAGCCGGCAGUACUGGUUUGGGAACCAAGAUCCUGUGGAUACGGUGGUACGGACAGAGAUUGUGCACGUGUGGCCGGGGACCGAUGGAUUUCUGAAGGACAACAACAAUGCUGCCCAGCGCCUCUUGGAUGGGAUGAACUUUAUGGCUCAGUCAGUGUCUGAGCUUAGCCUUGGGCCCACCAAGGCUGUAACUUCCUGGCUGACAGACCAGAUCGCCCCUGCGUACUGGAGGCCCAACUCCCAGAUCCUGAGCUGCAACAAAUGUGCUACAUCCUUUAAAGAUAACGACACCAAGCAUCACUGCCGGGCCUGUGGGGAGGGCUUCUGUGACAGCUGUUCAUCCAAGACCCGGCCAGUGCCCGAGCGGGGCUGGGGCCCUGCGCCAGUGCGGGUGUGUGACAACUGCUAUGAAGCCAGGAAUGUCCAGUUAGAUGUUACCGAAGCACAGGCUGACGACGAAGGCGGGACGUUGAUUGCUCGGAAGGUGGGCGAGGCCGUGCAGAGCACUUUGGGAGCUGUAGUGACAGCCAUUGACAUACCACUAGGUCUGGUGAAGGAUGCGGCCAGGCCGGCGUACUGGGUGCCUGACCACGAGAUCCUGCACUGCCACAGCUGCCGGAAGGAGUUCAGCAUCAAGCUUUCCAAGCACCACUGCCGGGCCUGCGGACAGGGCUUCUGUGAUGAGUGUUCCCAUGACCGCCGGGCUGUCCCCUCUCGAGGCUGGGACCAUCCUGUCCGAGUCUGCUUUAACUGCAAUAAAAAGCCCGGUGACCUUUAACCCCA